GGGCAGGAUUCCGGACAACGCCUGGUUCCUCUCGGGUCCUUCCGGCGUCGCCGGAGUGAAUUGAUCCGGGAGUUGAAGAGGGCUCCAAAGGUGGGAAGUGAAGUCAGUGCCUCAGUUGCCGAUACCGUUUCAGAGAUGCUGAUGAGAAACUGAAGGGAUAAAUGACGUGCCCAAGGUCACACACAUAGGGACAUAUCUGAUUCUAUCCAGUUGUAAUCCAGUUUCUGAAUCAGCUGCUGCACCAGCAAGAAAAGGAGUAGAGAGGUUGGUGGUCUUUCGAAGUCAGUAUAUGUUUUGUGCCCUAUUCUUUUGUCACAAAAAAGAGAAGAAACACUGCAGUGAAUGAAGAUUCCUCUGCAUUUUAGCACUGCCGUUUCUACUGUAGUUGGCUUUUGAAUGAGGAUGACAAUGGAAGAGAUGAAGAAUGAAGCUGAGACCACUUCCAUGGUUUCUAUGCCCCUCUAUGCAGUCAUGUAUCCUGUGUUUAAUGAGCUAGAACGAGUAAACCUGUCUGCAGCUCAGACACUGAGAGCAGCUUUCAUUAAGGCUGAAAAAGAAAAUCCCGGACUUACGCAAGACAUCAUCAUGAAAAUUUUAGAGAAGAAAAGUGUAGAGGUUAACUUCACAGAGUCCCUUCUUCGAAUGGCAGCUGACGAUGUAGAAGAGUAUAUGAUUGAACGACCAGAGCCAGAAUUCCAGGACCUAAAUGAAAAGGCACGAGCACUUAAACAGAUUCUCAGUAAGAUCCCAGAUGAGAUCAAUGACCGAGUGAGGUUUCUGCAGACAAUCAAGGAUAUAGCUAGUGCAAUAAAAGAACUUCUUGAUACAGUGAAUAAUGUCUUCAAGAAGUACCAGUACCAGAACCGCAGGGCACUUGAACACCAAAAGAAAGAAUUUGUAAAAUACUCCAAAAGUUUCAGUGAUACUCUGAAAACCUAUUUUAAAGAUGGCAAGGCAAUAAAUGUGUUCAUAAGUGCCAACCGACUAAUUCAUCAAACCAACUUGAUACUUCAGACCUUCAAAACUGUGGCCUGAAAGUUGUAUAUGUUAAAAGAUGUACUUCUCAGUGGCAGUAUUGAACUGCCUUUAUCUGUAAAUUUUAAAGUUUGACUGUAUAAAUUAUCAGUCCCUCCUGAAGGGAUCUAAUCCAGGAUGUUGAAUGGGAUUAUUGCCAUCUUACACCAUAUUUUUGUAAAAUGUAGCUUAAUCAUAAUCUCACACUGAAGAUUUUGCAUCACUUUUGCUAUUAUCAUUCUUUUAAGAAUUAUAAGCCAAAAGAAUUUACGCCUUAAUGUGUCAUUAUAUAACAUUCCUUAAAAGAAUUGUAAAUAUUGGUGUUUGUUUGACAUUUUAACUUGAAAGCGAUAUGCUGCAAGAUAAUGUAUUUAACAAUAUUUGGUGGCAAAUAUUCAAUAAAUAGUUUACAUCUGUUAAACAUUUCUUUACUUGAAAAAAUACAUAUAUAUAUAUGAACAUAUAUAUAUAUAUAUGAUCAGAAGACCAAGACAACUUGGUGUAAUGUCUAAAGAACUUCUAACGGGAGCUUACUAGUAGUUUAUCAGAUAAUAAAGCAACAAGAAUUCUA